AUGGCCUCUUACACUGCUUACAGUGGCUACAGCAAGCCACCUCAAUCCUACCCAGGCUCUUACUAUGAUGAGAAACAGGCCACUGCCUAUACAGAUUAUCAAGACUCUGUAUAUGAGGAAAAAAAGAGACUUGAGAAGAAGGACCGCCGGGAUGCCAUUUGUUGUGAGGUAGUGGCCCUCAUCAUCGGUUUCAUUGGACUAAUCGGAGUGGCAGCCGUGACAGGCCUGCCGAUGUGGAAGGUGACGGCCUUCAUCGAGGAGAACAUCAUUGUCAUGGAGACCCGCUGGGAGGGAUUAUGGAUGAACUGCUACAGACAAGCCAACAUCAGGAUGCAGUGUAAGGUGUACGAUUCCCUGUUGUUUCUGCCCCCGGACCUCCAAGCUGCUAGGGGUUUGAUGUGUAGCUCCGUGGCCCUGACAUGUUUCGCCCUCAUCGUCGCAGCAGUGGGGAUGAAGUGUACCAAAGUGGUGGACCAUCGGGCUCGUACCAAGCAUGUUGUUCUUGUGGCUGGAGGCUGUCUGUUCCUCAUGGGCUGUAUCACUACCCUAAUCCCUGUGUCCUGGACCGGCCAUGUCAUCAUCAGGGAUUUCUACAACCCUCUGCUGAUUGAUGCCCAGCGCAGGGAGCUUGGGGAGGCUCUUUAUAUCGGCUGGGUGACCUCAGCUUUGCUUUUCACUGCCGGCGUGAUCCUGCUGUGCCGUCACGCUCCCCGCACCCAGGAUCCAGAUGAGAGGAUUGUGUACAACCCCGGGGGAAAUAUCUACCAACCUGCAUACACAUAUCAGCCGUACACAUACCAGCCAGCGUACACAUACCAGCCUCCCUACUCUGCACCCCCACCGGGUUCUGUAGCGUAUACACCAAGUCAGUACUAG